AUGCCGCCAUUCCCGCCAUGCCCGAAGAUGAAGCCGCAGAUCUAUGGUGCAAUGCCCGAAAAGCCCAAUCCUAAGAUGGCGUACGCCCUUGCGCACUCUGCUCGCUGCAAGCUUGCCUUGUCCGCAAAUCGGCCUGACCGCAACCUACGUAUGGUCCUUGGCCACGCAUUUGCACUGGAUAACCUCCUCGUCCGGAUUGUCGAAAUCGAAAACGAAUCCGUUGCCAACCAAUUUGACAACUCGAAGCCUGACGAAGACCAGCCCGUCAUCCAGUCCGAGAUUGCUCAACAUGAUAAGCAGACCGCCGGCAUUGGCGGGGGUGCAGGGGUCACGGUCGCCGAGACAGGUUCUCUGGCCAAGCCACAACCUCAAUCGCAAGGCCGUCGAGUCUCCUUUGGCAACUCAGCCCAGUUCCGGCCUUCAGAGUACAACGGUAAUGGUGGCAGCGGCUCAAAACGUCGCAAAUCGCCUCCACCGAAGAAAGUCAUCCCUAAAGGUUACGAAGACGAGGAAUCAACCAGCAGUGAUGACUACGAUGACAUAGACCCGGCAGAUUUUGUGACCCCACAGAGACCUCAGGCUGCUAUUCGCAACAAUACCAAGUUUGAAGACGUUCCGAAGGACCCCUACGAAGACGAGGAGGAGGAGGAGGAGGGGGAGGAGGAGGAAGAAGAAGAAGAAGAAGACACCAGUCUCGGCUUGACUCGCUUCGAAUCUGCCUCGGCGCAGCGCCCACGUCCACCACCCAAGAAAGCCCCAUCGCCGCCUCCCGAGGAUGUCCCUGCCCUGGAGGAAGAUUGGUCCGAUGGAGAAGCCGAGGACCGCCCCGAGCCACCCUCUCCACCGCAGUUCGCAGACGACGUGUUGCGUACUGCCAUGACGGAAGGUGAGAAGGACGAAGAGCUGGGCAACUUGUACGAGACUUUAAGAGGCUGUCCCUGCUGUAAGCAGCACGGUAGCGCACCCAAGAAGAGCGGCGUAUGGAAGGUCCAGGCCGAGGGCGGUAAGCAGUACGCUGUACUCGCCGAGGAGCAAGAUGGCGCACAGGCGCUGGAGCAGCCGCAUGAGAUUGCUGUAGGUGCGUGA